AUGCUUCGGGCUCCGCCUCGUCCAGGAACGACUCUUGGAGAUCUUCUGUCGAUAGCCGCUCCGCAGACCAGCAUCCAAGACUCAGAUCUCCUAGGCGUCGCAGUCCAGAGCCAGACUAUGACAGACACCAUUCCUCCGAACGCAGGCGCGACCAUGAAGACCGCCACCGUAACCACUCCUCCUCGCAUCGAACAGGCUACGGUCAAGACAGCUGGCGUUCUUCCGGGCAGCGCUCGCCAUAUGCUCCCUCCUCCAGCUCGGAACCUCGGCGUCAUUCCUCCUACUAUGACCACCACGCACCCGACCGACGCCCUCGCUCCCCUGACAGGAACAGGCGCUCCGACGUCGAUGGCCAUCCUUGCGACAAUGAGCGAGGCUCGCGACAAUCGCACACCUCGCGCCAUGAUCACAAGUAUCGCGAGCCUCGGCGCCACGACGAUGAUCACUGGCGUACAAGGCGCUCCCACAGAAGCCGCAGCAGAUCUCGUGACCGCUCGCAAAGAUCCCACGCCAGAGAUCACCAUCGCUCAUCGGCCUCGCACCUAUCCUCGCAUCCAGCCGCUGAGGCCCCAGAGGCCGCAGAGGCCGGAGAGAUUGUGGAAGUUCGUCGAUGCGUCUCGGCGAGGCCCCCCGCCCCUUGCGUCCGAAGCCGACGAAGUUGAAGACCGCCUCGAGACGCUGGCACGCGCAUCCGGUGCCUCACGCUCAGCCAAUGGUCUCCAUGCUGUCUCCAGCCGCGACCCGCAUAGCGCACGGCCCAGCAACCACAGGUUGGACCACAACAGCACGCCCCAGACAAACGGCCACUCUCGCCCUCACCGAGAAGAUCGAUUCGCCAGCACAAGUCGCAGGUCUCUCUCGCCAGUCCCUCCCUCCAAAUCCUUCCGCCCGGAUUCCGCAUCCACGGCAUCGACUAGCCGGCCUCGGCCAGAGAGUGCAAUUUUGGCGCACAUCGCAGACCCACCGACCCGCGAGCCGCCACCUGCUCCGAGCCGAUCCUUCGGCCACGUCCUUCUUCCACACGAACUAGAUGCAGAGCAACGUGGCAAUAAUGCCAUGACCUUGGCCCACCGCGACAAGAGCGGGUAUGUGCAGGGAAAAUAUCCGCUCAAGUCAGCAGCAGACAAGCAACUGCUCGAUGCCAAAGUCAUCGACCCGCGCAAGGGACGCAAGCUCGACUUCUCCCGCGAUGGGCUUCAUCCACCUCGCUUCAUUUGGGACGCCAACUCGGUUGGCACCAAGCCCCUCCCGCCUCCACGCAACCUCAUCAUCACUGGCUUCUCAGCGCUCACGCCGCCCAGCCAUCUGUUGCCACACAUCCGCCCCUUUGGCCGCAUUCUGUCGUCCAAGCUUGAGAUGCACCCUGCCAUCGGCCAGAGCUUGGGCAUCUUUUGCGUCACCUUUGCCCACGACUUUGACGAAGAUGGCAAACCCGUCAAAGACCUACCUGACGGACAGGAUCCGCAGAAUGGAGCCAAGGCGGCGAAGGCAGCACAGCUCGCACUCAAUGGCCGCCAAAUCGGACAGUAUCGUGUCGCCACCCUUCUCGACCGCGCCGGCGAGGUGGUGGCUGAGCAGGUCAAGCUCAAGAUCGCUGCGGAUCAGGCGAAGCAUCGUCCUCCUCCCUCUGCUGCUGCCUCGACUGCGCCUACGUCUGCCUCCUCCCGCCCGUCGCAGUCCAAUAUGCCUCCGCCGGAUAAGCCUCGCGCACCUCGGCCUUCCAUGGAUGCGGCUUCAUCGUCGCAUCUGCCCGCGUCGUCUCCUGCGCCUCGUUCAGGCCAAGACCGUCACGAUGCCCGCUCACCUCGAUGGACGUCCUCGAAAACCCAGUCUCGUGCAGAUGACGCGCCACGAUGGGACCGUCCCAGCUCAUCUGCCGACUCUUUCGGCCGUCGACGCCACGAAGACGAGCGCGACUCGCGUCCCAGCAGAUCCUACUCCAGCCUGCGCUCCGAGGGCAUGAAAAACGCGACGUCGGCCGGUGGCCAACAGGCACGCCCAAAGGCGCUGCCCAAGCUUCCCACCGCAGACAUCUUGGACAUGCUCCGAGUCCCGAGGCGUCCGCACGUGUUCAUUCCCAAACCCAAGUCGUGCAACGUCCUGACCGAAGACAUCACCGAGCAACUGGCCACCACUCAGCCGCUCUGGACCAGGGAGGGCGACGAUGGCUGGUAUGUCGCGUUCAGCACAAAAAGCGACGCCACCGCAUGCAAAUUUGUCAACGAGACCCUCACCAUCGGGGGCUACACGCUUCAGGUGCAUGUGCGGGACCCGCCGGCCGCGGCACCGCCAACCGCACAAACAGCCGACCCCACGAGCAAGCCUCUCCUCGCUUCUGGUGCAUCCUCCACAAGCCGCACCGCAGCAGCUGCGCCUGCCGAGCCCCCGCGCAAAUCGCUGGAUUCCGGCCUGCGUCCUCUCACAGCCGAGGAAAAGCAGAAGACCGAGUGGACCGAGCCAGAGCUCCAGGACGCGGUCUUCCGCAUGCUCCAGAAGGAGCUUGCCGACACCUUUCUCCGCGACGUCAAGAGCAGGAUCGUCGUGCCUCACCUCACCUCCUAUCUCAAACCUGAUGGCGAGGGCUUCCAGCUCCUGGCAAAGACGAUCAUCAAGAAGCCCGCCUUCUUUUCCUCGAAACCGCUCGAUCGAGGCUCAUUGAUGGACAAGGCCGACAAAGAAGCACGUCUGCCCUCGUUCCGCAAGGUCGCAACUGCCAAGACCGACAAGUCGACCUCGGAGCGCGACGCAGCUGCCUCCAAGGCGAAGUUCAAGCACGACCAAGCACGCGCCAAGAAGCAUCGGGAUCCAGCGACCAAGUCAAAGGACCGUCGCGGCAAAGACGACGCCGACGCCGAGAGCGAAGAUAUCGAAGACUUUGCCCCGUCGAAACGCAGCGGCGAGCGCGCCAGAUCGACGAAAUCCGGUGUCAAGAAGCGCGGCGCCGCAGCCUGGCUACUCGAGUCUACGGACGAGGAAGCAGAGUCGGACGACGCGGCAUCGACAGGGCCGGAUGCUACAUCGCGAUCUGUGUCCGCGUCGGUGGAGCCCUCGCAGAAUGAGACAGACACGAAGAAGAAGUCGGGCGUCAAAGCAGGCACUGCAGUGCGGAAGAAAGGUACCGCAGCAGCCAAGAAGAGCGCCAAGUCGGCCGGACGUGCGACACCGGAAGAUAGCGGCGAAGGGACGGCGACGCCGGUAGUCGAGGCGGUCCUAGCCAAGACAAAGCCGAAAGCGGCUGCCAAGGCAAAACCGAUCCCUGCUGAUCCGUUCGAGGCUGGGCUCGUGGAGGACGCCGAGGACCUCUACUUCCUCCGCCUGGCGCUCGACCGGCUCCGGGGUGGCGAAUUGCCUACCGACGAGUCGUGGCCCGAGGAAGACGAGCCCGAAGCGGCAGUGGAGCUCAAAGGCGUACCGGAAGCGCCUGCGCCGCACCUCACUGGAGCCGCCAGGACCGAAGGCAUGUACCGCAUCGCGCCCGCGCACAAGGCAGCGCACCUUCCGGACCGCAACAAGGCGACUGAGGAGACGGAAGCUGGCGCCAACGCGCAGGUGCUGCAGUCUGCGCGCAACAACCGAGCCGACUCACGCCGGCUUGUGCUGGGCAUCGAGCAGCACAAGCGCGAGACUGCGACGGACACGGACAUGUUCAAGUUCAACCAGCUGCGCACGCGCAAGAAGCAGCUCAAGUUUGCCAAGUCGCCGAUCCACGACUGGGGUCUGUAUGCGAUGGAGCUGAUUCCGGCGGGCGAUAUGGUGAUCGAGUAUGUCGGCGAGGUGGUGCGGCAGCAGGUGGCCGACGAGCGCGAAAAGCAGUACGAACGCCAGGGCAACUUUUCCACCUACCUCUUCCGUGUCGAUGACGAUCUCGUCGUCGAUGCCACGCACAAGGGCAACAUCGCGCGGCUCAUGAACCACUGCUGCACGCCCAACUGCAACGCCAAGAUCCUCACGCUCAACGGCGAGAAGAGGAUCGUGCUGUUUGCAAAGUCGCCCAUCCGACCGGGCGAGGAGCUGACGUACGACUACAAGUUCCAGUCGUCCGCCGACGACGAAGAUGCCAUCCCCUGUCUGUGUGGCUCGCCAGGAUGCAGGCGAUUCCUGUGA